AACUAAGAUAAGCUUUGGCAAAAGCCAUUGCUGGCGCUUAAUAAGAUGUCUAGUUCAUCAAUCUCGGUGACAGUGAGGGUUCGUCCAUUAAAUCCUAAAGAAACAUCUCAACUGCAGAUAAAUAAUAAUGAAAUGACAUCAUUUAUAGGAGAUGGAUCAUUUACAGGAGGGCCGGUUUAUAAGAAUACAUCUAAAGGAUUAAGACGAAUUGUUCAAGUUUUAGAUGAACGUGUUUUAAUAUUUGAUCCGGCGGAUACUAAUCCUAUGGCACGAUUUCAAAAGACGUUAUUAUCAGCGGGAAAGAGGGUUAAAGAGAUGAAAUAUACAUUUGAUAGAGUUUUUGAUGAGAAUGCGACGCAAGAAAUGGUAUAUGAAAAUACAGCAAAACCGCUUUUAGAUGGGAUAUUAGAGGGUUAUAAUGCUACGGUUUUUGCAUAUGGGGCGACAGGAUGUGGAAAAACACAUACUAUAAGUGGGUCACCAGAGGAUCCAGGAAUUAUAUUUUUAACAAUGAAAGAGCUUUUUGAUAAAAUGACAUCAUUAGCAGAUGAAAAAAUUAUUGAAAUCUCUAUGUCAUAUUUGGAAAUAUAUAAUGAAAGUAUUAGGGAUCUUUUAGUUCCAUCAUCUGCAGCGAAACCUCUUUCAUUGAGAGAAGAUUCAGAUAAGAAAAUAGCAGUAUCAGGGUUAACAUCCUAUCGUCCACAAACUGUUGAUGAAGUGAUGGAAAUUAUUUUAAGGGGUAAUGCGAAUAGAACAAUAUCACCUACAGAGGCGAAUUCUGUUUCUUCUAGAUCACAUGCUGUUUUACAAAUUAAUGUUACUCAAAAACCGCGAACUGCGGAUAUUUCAGAGGAACAUUUUGGAGCAACUCUUUCUAUUAUUGAUUUGGCAGGAAGUGAAAGAGCAUCUGUAACAAAGAAUAGGGGAGAUCGUCUUCUUGAAGGGGCCAAUAUUAAUAGAUCAUUAUUGGCAUUGGGAAAUUGUAUUAAUGCACUUUGUGAUCCUCAUCGACGCAAUCAUGUUCCUUAUAGGGAUUCAAAACUUACUAGACUCUUGAAAUUUUCUUUAGGAGGAAAUUGUAAAACUGUAAUGAUUGUUUGUGUAAGUCCUUGUAGUACUCAUUAUGAUGAAACGCAUAAUACAUUAAAAUAUGGAAAUCGUGCUAAGAAUAUAAAAACCAAGGUAUCUCGUAAUAUGAUUACUGUGGAUAGACAUGUCAGUCAAUAUGUUAAAGCGAUUUAUGAAUUACGACAAGAAGUUUCUGAGUUAAAAAGAAAGUUAGAAGACAAAAAAUCGGAAGAAAAUGAUAGAAUAUCUAAGAAAUAUGCAUUUUUUGAUAUCAAGUUAAAUGAGGGUAUUCAUAAGCUACAUACAACAUUUGAAAAAUUAUCAUCACUUAAAGAACAAUAUCUUUUAAAUGCAAAUUUGCUACUAUCUUUAGAAAAUCAAUUUGAAACAAUAAAUUCUUGGCUUAUAGCUUUCGAUAUUAUAUCUAGUUCAAAUUUUGAUGAUGAAACUAUUUCACAAUUUAAACUUACAAAAGAAUUAGCUAAGGAUUUAUUGAAUAAUUUGGGGAAUAAACGUCAAAUUAGUCUUCAAGAAAUCUCUAAGACUACUAUGAAUAGAGAUUUUGAAGCUGCAUGUGAUGAAAUUUUAAAAGAAUUAAAAGAAGACGGUCUCAAUGAAACAUUCAUAAAUUUAUUUUUAAAAGAAGCCAAAAUUAUAAAGAUAACAUCUGAAAGAGAUACUCUUUUGAAAGAACGAGCAAACUUUCAGACAAUAAUGGAAAAAACAUACUCCAUGAUGCAGCAAUUUGCUAAAUCAAGUUUUAAAGGAUUAAAUACUUGUGCGUUAAUUCUAAAGAAUAAGGAUAAAAAUGUUAUGACUCAAGUCUCAUUAGAAGAAAAGUUUAAAUCUUCUUGUAAAACUCUUGCAGACAUAGUUCAUCAAUUUUCGUCGAAGACAAACACUUUUUUUGAAGGGGAAACUGAUACAAACAAAUUUAUAAAAUCGUCUACUCCAUUUUUAAGCGCAUGUUUUAAGAAACCAUAUCUUCAAAUUUCGUCUCCUUUCCAAAUUAAAUCUCCAAAAGCAUUUAAAGUACAUACUCCAAAGAAAAAUGUUAUGUUUCACAAAGGAAAAAGCGUUUUUAAGAAAAAAGUUAGAUGGAAUGAUCAACAAAGUGAUACCGAAAUUAACAAUACAAAGGAUGAUUUAACUGAAUCAGAUAUUCAUGUUCUUUCUGAUUUGAAAGUCAAUAUUACACCUAAAACAACCCCAAUAUAUUCACUAGAAAGUCAUGAUCAUACGUUAUCGGAACAAGAUAAUACCAUAUUUUCUCAUAUUAAUCAAGAUGAGCAGGAAAAUUCAUUUAUAGAAUCGGAUUAUGAAACUGGAAACCUAAUUGAAAAUAUUAAUUCACCAAAACUAAAAAGUGCUCUAAAGAAAACAGAUAAAAUAAUUGCCAGAGUUUGUAAAAAAAAUAGAUUGUCUUCUAACAUAACUGAAAUUUCUACAAAACCUAUACUUAGGAGAUUAAAAUUCGAUAAAGAGAACCUGAAAUCUAGUCCUACACAAGAAUCUCCUCGAAGUCGUACUUUUACAGUGGGAAAUUCAAUAGGAGGCUCUGUUAGAGUUUCUAACCCUGCAGCAGCUUUAAAGGAGACAAAAGAUCCUUCUAGUAUAUCUAGAGCAGAAAGAAGUGAAUCAAAUAAGCCACAGAUUAAUAAUAAACCAUGGAGAUAAUAUAUAAUGUAAUAAAAGAUAUUUUUUACAAUUGUUUAA